CAAGUAACACUUUGUCUUGCUGUCUGCACCACCUGAGGCAUAACACCACAUGCCAGCAUGCCCUUGAAGAAAUACUGCUCCGCUUCAUGUUACCGCUUUCAACUUCCGAAAAUACUGCACACACGUUCUGGGGCACACUGUUUCGCCUGGGGACGCAACUUGAUCAAACCUACUCAGCUGUCUCCAUUCCCCUUCGUCCGGAGAGUGGCUACGCCGUAAGCCGGCUGCGCACAAGGACCUUCCCAGUGCUUGAAUCUUCCAAGGAAAUGCUUCAAGGAACUUUGCCCCGAACUGUGCAACGCAUAUAUAAAGACAAUGUGGAAUCCAAGAACACUGUCAUUCGUCUGAUUUCUUUUGGUGGGAAAGGUGAUAUUUGGUUAAGCAUAUACGGCUAGACAGAAUGGCUUUCAAAUUUUUUGCACUGUGCGCUGUGUUUGCCGUAGUGAAUGCCGGUUUACAACAACCAAUAAACCCAGUCUACCAUGCAGCACCGAUCAAUUUCGCACAGCCCGCUCUUUUCAAGCCACAACCACAACAGACAGUGUACGCACAGCCGGCUUUAAUCAAAACAGUUCAGCAACCAGCGAUUGUUAAAACCUAUGCCCAGCCUGCGAUCGUCAAAAAUUUCGUACAGCCAGCCGUGGUAAAAAGCUACGCACAACCUGAACUGGUAAAGAGCUAUGCCCAGCCCACCUACGUCAAGCAAGUCGAAGAGUAUGCACCAGCUAACUAUGAAUUCUCGUACUCCGUGCACGAUUCGCACACUGGAGAUGUGAAAAGUCAGCACGAGACACGCCACGGUGACCAGGUGCAGGGCCAAUACAGUUUGCUGGAUGCCGAUGGUCAUCAGCGCAUCGUGGAUUACACUGCUGACGACCAUAAUGGAUUCAACGCUGUUGUACGUCGCGAACCAGCCAAUGUUAAAGUCGCGCAACCCGUUCAGAAGGUUAUAGCUCAGCCACUUUAUACUGGACAUUACUAAAGUAAAUAAGACUUGACAAAUGUGUAAUAAGUUAAUGGAUGGAAUAUUAGUUCAAAAUAUCAAAUGUUAAAAUAAACUCAUAAUUGUUAUUU